ACUCUCUCUCCCCCUCCCCUUCCCCAUUCCCUCACCCCAUCGCCGCCCUCACACUCUUUUUACACGCCUCGCUUCGCGUCGCCCAUCAUGCGCUCCACCUUCCUUACCCUGCUCCUGUUGAUCCUCUCUACGAGCACCACAUUCGUUUACGCCCACGCCGACGCCCACGCCCACCAGCAGCCUCACUCGCACGGCCUCGCCCGCCGCUCCCAACGCGACUCGGCAGUCAUCCACAUCCCCCUCGAGAAGCGCUCCCCUGCCCCCUCGGCGCACCCUCUCGCCCUCAUCAAGUCCCAAGUCUCAGGCCUCUCCCGCAAGUACGGGAAGAAUGUCGCCGCCUUUCGCAAGAACAAGCCCGGUCGCGUCAACCCCGACAUCAAUGGUACGGUCAUCGACGUUCCCGCGCUCGACGUCAUCGCCAACGUGACCGACGCCCUCAAUGCUACGAUGAUUCGUCAUGACGUCGGCGAUCUCGUGGGCGAGCUGCUCGAGGGUCGAUCUACCAGCGGGACGGGCUCCCUCACACCUACGUCCGACUACGGCAUGUGGACGGGAAGCAUCAAAAUCGGCACGCCCGGCGUCGAUGUGCGAGUCAACUUCGACACCGGAUCAGCCGACACUGUCCUGAACCUGAACCAGGGGUACGACCCCUCCAAGUCCUCCACGGCUCGCAAGACCAACAAGAGCUUCACAGUACGCUACGCCGAUCACAGCGGGGAGGGAGGCACAAUCUACAACGAGACUGUGUCCUUCGCAGGCAAGAAGGCAAAGGGCCAGGCCAUCGGCGUCCCCUCCUGGUCGAGCUUCGCAGCCAGCGACCCAGGUAUCGUAGGCAUGGCGUUCCAGUCCGUCUCGUCCUUCAACCGUCGUCCCCUCCUCCAGACACUCAGGCGCUACGACUCCAUCCCGCGAGCCAUGUUCGGCGUAGCGCUCAGCCGCACGGCGAGCAAGGCCGAGCUGCGUAUUGGCGGCUACAACCCCAGCAAGAUCAAGUCAGGCAACUCGAUCAACUGGGUGCCUGUCGACAACAGCGGUGGGUUCUGGACGGUCACGGCUAGCAAGACCAACCUUGCGCAGGGCAGCACAUCUGGUUCGCUCGGCAGCCGUAAGCUCAUCCUUGACACGGGGACAACGCUCAUUUUUGGCUCCACGGCAGACGUUAAGCAACUCUUCAACGCGAACAACAUCGAAAUCUCCAACCAAGGAGACUAUGUAGCUGGAAUCUACUCGGGCAAUACUCCCCCCUCGCUCAGCUUCACCAUCGGCGGAAAGACGUACAGCCUGAGUGGCGACGUGAUGAACAUGGGUCAGGCGUCCACAGGCAAGUACUACGUCAGUAUAGUCGGGAGCGACUCGCUGGGUCUCAAGAGCGGCGAGUGGUUGGUAGGAGACACCUUCUUCUCCAAGGUCUACUCGGUAUUCGAUGCGGAUCGUACCAGGGUCGGGUUGGCCUAUGGCAACUUCUAAGACAGCCAUUCGCGUCCCGCUGGCUUGUCAGCUGCUGCUGCUCCAUCAUGUUUGUCGUCACUCGUUACAGGCUGGUCACCGUUCCCGGGAAGAGUCUCUGCGAUCCGUUCCCAUCCAAUCAUCAUCAUCAUGAUCACACCAUUUUGCGGCGCAGUGCGCAAAGAUUGCGCGAAGAUUGGCGAUGGCGGGCGAGCGUGCGUGCCUCUAGGCAUGAGCAUUUGGAGUGCCAAGCUACAGGAGGAAGAAGCGCCGCGCCGCGCCGCAGCGGGCCGGUAUUGGCUACACAACCCGGUCGGCGGCGAUAUGGCCGGCGGGUAUUGGCCUUGCCUUGUCUC